AUGGACGCAUUCUCCGGCUACAAUCAGAUCCUGAUGCAUCCUGAUGAUCGGGAAAAAAUGGCUUUCAUAACUGAUCGCGGUAUAUACUGCUACAAACUCAUGCCGUUCGGGCUCAAGAACGCAGGAGCAACGUAUCAACGGCUCGUCAACAAAAUGUUCGCGGCUCAGCUCGGGAAAACCAUGGAAGUAGACAUCGACGACAUGUUAGUCAAAUCACUCAAGGAUGAAGACCACGUCGUGCAUCUACGGGAAUGCUUCGAGAACCUGAACAAGCACAACAUGAAAUUAAACCCGGUGAAAUGCAGAUUCGCUGUCACUUCGGGAGAAUUCCUCGACUAUCUGGUAACUCACCGAAGCAUAGAAGCAAACCCCAAGCAGAUCAAGGCAUUGAUUGAGAUGCCCUCUCCAAGGACGAAGCGCGCAGUGCAAAGGCUCACAGGAAGAGUCGCCGCGCUAAACAGAUUUAUUUCCCGCUCCACAGACAAGUGCCUGCCCUUCUACGACACCUUCCGAGGAAACAAGAAAUUUGAGUGGGACGAGCGAUGCGAAGCAGCUUUCCAGGAAUUGAAGAGUUAUCUGGCGAGCCCACCAAUCUUAGCAAAACCAGUCGAAGGAGAGCCGCUCUUCCUCUACAUCGCAGUGUCUGCUACAGCUGUAAGCGGAGUGCUUAUCAGAGAAGAACGAUCCGAGCAAAAGCCCAUUUUCUACAUCAUCCAGAUCGAGAAGGUCGCCCUAGCCGUCGUAGUCUCGGCUCGCAAACUGCGCCCGUACUUUCAAUCACAUUCGAUUGUUGUGCUCGCUAUGCUUCCGCUGCGCUCGAUCCUCCACAGCCCUAGCCAAUCCGGUCGGCUCGCCAAUUGGGUGAUAGAGCUAAGCGAAUACGACAUCGAGUAUCGGAACAGGUCAUCUGCAAAGUCACAGGUGCUCGCAGAUUUCCUCAUUGAACUUCCCGCCGAAGCAACAGACGAGCCGACUUUAGACGAAGUGUGGACGCUGCACGUCGACGGCUCGUCGUCUAAACACGGCUCGGUAAUAGGAAUCCGCCUCACCUCUCCCACCGGAGAAAUAUUAGAGCAGUAUUUUCGCCUGAAAUUCCACGCCUCGAACAACGAAGCGGAGUACAAAGCACUGAUCGCCGGCAUACGACUAGCGCAGGGAAUCAGAGUUCGAAAGAUAAGAACUUUUUGCGAUUCACAGCUCGUAGCAUGUCAGUUCAACGGAGAAUACGAGGCAAAGGAUGGACGAAUGGGAGCUUACCUCAAAGUGGUCCGAGUGUUGGUGCAAAAGUUUGAUGAGUUCGAACUCACGCGCAUUCCCCGAGGAGAAAACACCUCGGCCGACGCCUUGGCAGCACUCGCCUCGACCUCGGACCCAGACCUCCGACGAACGAUCCCAGUCGAAUUCAUCGAACGUUCUAGCAUCGAAGAGGUAGAAGGAGUUCGGCUGAUAAAUCCUCCCGAACAAGAACCAGAGGACGACGAAGCCAUUCCUAUGGACGAAGACGCCUCACCGGCCGAGCCGGAGUACGGCUGCGACAAAGAAUGGCUCGGAGCUAUCCGCGUGUAUAUCGCCGAUGGAGAGUUGCCAACCGACAAAUGGAAAGCCCGCAAACUAAAAGCUCAGGCCGCACGUUAUGUCCUCGUCGAUGGCGAGGAGGGCUUGAACCACUUAAUGAUGCUAGAUGAGCUCGACCUAAUCAACGAAAAGCGCGACCAAGCCUUAAUUCGAAUCCAGAACUAUCAACAAGCGACGGCGAAAUACUACAACAAAAAUGUUCGUAGUCGAAGAUUCAAAGCAGGGGAGCUCGUCCUCCGAAAGGUCUUCCAAAACACUGCCGAGAAGAACGCAGGAAAGCUCGGAGCAAAAUCGGAAGGUCCUUACAAGGUCACAAAAGUGGUUCGUCCAGGAGUCUACGAACUCGCGACACUAGCUGGCGAGGCGAUUCCAAGAUCAUGGAACGCAAUGCAUCUGAAGAAAUACUAUCACUAA